AUGGCGAGGAACCGCAACCGGUCAAGACCCGAGCCGCCGGUCCCCAACACGGCGGAAAGCACUUAUUCUUAUAUGCUGCAAUGCGUGUCCAACGAGACGUUCUUCUUUGUGGCGGCCAUGUUAUUCGUCACCCAGGUGUCGAUUGUUAUGUGCGGCACUAUGUUUCCGCCUUCGUCGCAAAACAAACAACCGGUGUUGGCAACGACAUGUUUGAAAACUCCAAAAAACAGUAUGCCGGAAGUUUACGGCCAUAGCCUAAGAAGUUGUAAAACAUACAAUUUAGAAGAGUACAGCCCAGGAAGUCUAAAUACCACAAAUUUGGAUGAGGAUGAAAUCGUUUUUUCCUUCGAGAUGCCCGAACCGGAAGACCACGAUUCGCUUAUCCGGUACUUACGUUGGCAGCAAAAUAUCAUCGGAAGUAUGUUUUUUGAAGUUGCUCAUCGUCCGGAAGAUAAAGAGGAUGUUAUUAUAUUCGAUGUAGGCAUGGAUAUCGAAUUUACACAUGCUAACAAAGGUAGUCAGUUUGCCAAAUUUUAUGAAAUGAUCGACGUGAAACACCAAGUGGAUUGUAAAUUGUUGUACAACGACAUGUAUGCUUGCACAAUGAUUAAAUUGUUCGAAUUAUCUCCGUUUAAUUUCGAUUAUAACAUGGUGAAGAUAAAACUUCGGGGCGAUUCUACUAAGCUGAAGAGAUUGACGGACAUGUGGCUAACGGUGAAAAAUAAAAACGACUUCGUGUCCAGACUAUGGCUGUUAUUCAAAACGAUGGUAUGGUUUUUGGCUUUUUCAAUAGCCGUAUUGGCGUACAAGACAUGGCGCCAAAUUGAACGCCACGACUCCAAGUUCCAUAUAACGAUAACAGAAAUGUUUACUUCGAUUCUUGCGUUGUUGCUUGUACCGUUGGACGUAGCGGUGAGACCAUUUAACGCAGGUUUAGCGGAUUCUAUGCUAGUCUUUAGAAACAACAAUUUCCACAUCGCAUUAAUUAUUUACUGGAUUAUUUUCAUCGGCGAACAUCUCGUGGAUAGUAAGAAAAGGAGUUUGUAUUACUUCGCAAGGUCGGCGAGCUGCAUCACAACUGUGUGCUCUUUUAACUUGGUGACCAACUGGUGGAUAAGAGGUGGCGAAUUGAGAAGUAGUUCGUUUGCCUCGGUCGCCGCAUCGGAACUGAGCGUUUUCGUAUUGAUGGCGAAACCGUUGAUGUCGCUGACAUACCCUGAGGACGACCAAGAUAUCAAUUCGUUAGUGCCAAAUAGCUUCUCAUAUUAG